AUGUCCAAUUGUGGAGUUCAUGCGACUGUCACCACUAACCGCGGAUCCCAAUUCGUGUCCACGCUGUUUUGCGAACUCACUUCCCUUCUCGGUAUCAAGCGAAUCCGAACAACAGCGUACCACCCUCAAGCAAAUGGUCUCGUCGAACGCUUCCAUCGACAGCUCAAGACUUCCCUUAUGGCCCAGCCCAAUACAUCCCGAUGGUCUGAUCACCUUCCCUUGGUGUUGUUGUCCCUCCGUUCCACUCUCAAGGCCGACAUCGGUUGCACCGCCGCUGAUCUUGUCUACGGAAACUCCCUACGACUGCCCGGUGAGUUAGUGUCUCCCUCAAACAUGCUAACGUUUUUCGAACCUUGCAGUUAUGUGGAGCAGCUGCGUAGUGUCAUGCGCAAUCUCCGCGCAACGCCCCCUCGGGCGUCACCGGCUAAUUCGUUCAUCCCUCCCGAUCUGGAUAAGUGCAAUGUCGUCUUGGUUCGGCAUAACGCUGUCCGACGACCACUCCAACCACCCUAUGACGGGCCGCAUAAAGUCCUUCGUCGAUCUGACAAAGAUGUUGUCAUCGACCGCAACGGCAAGACCGACACAGUCAGUAUUGAUCGCGUCAAGCCGGCCUACAUCGACGACAGUGACCAUUCCUCACCCCAAAACUGCACCCCGCCGCAAACAGUGGUGCCUCCACCUACUGGCGGCAGCCCUCCUCCGGUUCGCCACACACGAUCUGGUCGUCAUGUCCACUGGCCCGACAGGUUUGUGGCUGGCUGGCAUGCCAACGCCUUCACUUCGACUGGGUGGGGGGAGUUGUAG